GCUGAGUAAUGAUGGCUGAUUUUGAUAAUAAAAAUUUGCAACAAUAAAAAUAAAAACAACUGGGGGAGCAAUGAUAGUGCAAUUAUCAGAGGACUCGUACUAUACAAGAAUAUUGAAGAACACACUAGCGCUAUACAUAUUUUAUUACAACACCUUCCUUGCAUUUGUAAUACUCAUACAACCACAACUAGAAUCGCACAAUCCGUUUCUCAUCACCAGAAUGGUGGAGUACGUGAUAAAAAACUACGGAUUUGUUGUAACAGUGUUCGUACGCAUGCUUUCCAGCUACUCGUCAGGACUAAGUUAUAAAAUUUGUAUUGUACUCGUUGAUUUUGCGAUUUAUUUCCUCAAUACGUGCCAAUAUGGCCUUUGCAAUCUGUGCGACAAGAUAUUUUCCACAGAACUGAAAUUCAACACCUCUGGUCACAUCUUCAUACUGUCAUAUUUUUCGUAUUUAGUUUAUCUUGCGUUCACGAUGAAUCCUAAAAAGAACAUUUUCGUCAUGAAUCUCAUCGUAUGGAUCAUCUACAUGAUCUACGCUGUCAAUACAAUUACAUUUUAUCAUACAAAAGAAGAAUGUUUUGCCAGUGUUGUCCUGGCCACGAUUUCUUCAUACGCACAUUUAGCGAUUAUUUUAACAUUAAAUCUUGCUUGA